UUCCUUUCAGUGGAGCUAGUCCUCGGCCACAGACCAAGUAAACAUACGUCACCGCAUCCGUGCAUCUGGCCCAGGUCCAACCCAACUCCAGCAAACCACAGUGACCUGGGCCGACCAGAGCCAGCCAUUGCAACCGUUGUCUUCUUCCACGGCAGCGCCUCUUCUCUUCCUCCCCUCGAUUCGCGGCGUACCAGUGGAAUGAGAGAACAGAAUGCAUGAAUGGCUCUCUGGACACUGCUGCGCCCGCGGCUGUGUAGCUCAGCUCGCUGGUUGUUAAAGAAGGGAGAGGUACAGCCAUGGCGCGGCGUGGGUGCCAUGCCAUGCGUCCAGACCAAACCAGGACAGGAGAGACAGCUGGCCCUAAUUUUGGCUGCCCCCCAGACCGGCCGUUACUAGCUAGCGAUCGACAAGGGGGUCAGGGACAGGCUGGUGGUGGUGUGUGCUAAGCUUCGCGGAAGUUCGCGCUGCCGUGCGUGGCCGGCUGGCCGCGCCGAUCCAUCCAUAUAAGAGGCUCCGGCGCCUCCCUCUCUUCCUCGGUUCUUCCCAUUGGUGGUAAGGACCCAUCGCCCGCUCGCGUGUCCUUUGCGCUCGCGAACUCCGUCGCCGGACACGAGCCAGGGACACCGAGUGUGGUGAGGUUGCCCCUUCCCUUCCCCCACCCCCAUCGUCGUCUUGGACCAGCUCUGUACGUACCGUCCGUCGAUCGUCCUUUCCCGUCCCCUCUAGCAUCGAUCGCAGCCUCCUCUGCUACUGCCACGUCUCUGUGCCUGCCGAGACAAGCAAGGGGGUCGUCGGUCGGGGCUAGGUUGUUCCCUUAAUUCAUUCUAGGGGCAGAUCAGAUCGAAAGAAAUCAAACUAACGUAGCCAUGGAAGAAGCUCCACGUCAUUCCAUGUAGUUACUUCUUCAGAGCGCGCGGUGGCGGCCGGCUAGAAGCUUUGUUCGUUGCAUUUGAAUUCAUCACCAAAGGAGAAGGCGCCUGUUGGCGUUCCACCAAUUCCAUCCCAUCGCCACAAGGUCGUCGAUCACGCGGAUCGUCGCGACUGACCGGCCGGCCUCCUCAGCCGUCCUUGUUGUGCUACAAGAUCGAGGCGACAGGAUCCAGCCAGCCACGAUGUCGGCGGCCGGCGCCACCGCCGUCUGCACGAGGGACGGCGGCCUCCUCCCGCUGCGUCCGCACUGCGCGAGGUCGUCCUCCUCCUUCGCCGCCGCCGCCGCCGCCAUCGUGAUCUACCUGACGGCGCCGGGCCUGGCCGUGUUGCCGAUGCGGGUGAUGGCGUCCGACUCCAUCGCCUCGGUGAAGCUCCGCGUGCAGACGUCCCGGGGCGUGAGGGCGCGCAAGCAGAAGCUCGUCUUCGGCGGGCGCGAGCUGGCGCGCGACGACGGGCGCAUCCUGGACUACGGCGUGGCGGACGGCAACGUGGUGCACCUGGUCAUCCGCGUCCCGGACGUGCGCCUCAUCACCGUGGAGACCGUGCAGGGCGGCAAGUUCAGGUUCCGCGUGGAGCCCGGGCGCACCGUCGGGUACGUGAAGCAGCAGAUCGCCAAGGACCACCCCGCGGCGGCGCGCCCCGGCGAGCAGCGGCUCGUGCUCGAGGGCGAGGACCUCGACGACCGCCACCUCAUCCACGACGUGUGCAGGGCCGACGGCGCCGUGAUACACCUGCUGGUGCGGCGCUCCGUCGUCGCGCGCGACGCCGGGUCCGGGCGGCCGUCGCCACCGCCACGGCGUGACGACGUCAGGAUCGAGCCCGUAGGCGGCGACCAUAAGGCGGCGGUGCGUGGCAUGGUCGACGCGGCGCUCGCCGGGAUGGAGAGCGGGAACGCGCCCAUCAUGUCGUCGGAGGGCACGGGGGGAGCCUACUUCAUGCGGGACGCGACGGGGCAGCGGCACGUGGCCGUGUUCAAGCCGGCGGACGAGGAGCCCAUGGCCGCCAACAACCCGCGCGGCCUCCCCGUGUCGUCCACCGGCGAAGGCCUGAAGAAAGGGACGCGCGUCGGGGAGGGGGCGCUGAGGGAGGUCGCGGCCUACAUCCUCGACCACCCACCCAGGAGCGGGACCGCGGAUGAUGGGUUCGCCGGUGUGCCGCCGACCGCGCUCGUCCGGUGCACGCACGGAGCCUUCAGGCAGGGCGGAGCCGGAGCCGGAGCGAGGGCGCCGGUGCCCAAGCUGGGGUCCAUGCAGGCCUUCGUUAGUAACUGCGGCAGCUGCGAGGACAUGGGACCCAGCGCGUUCCCGGUGCAGGAGGUCCACAAGAUCUGCGUGCUGGACAUACGGCUCGCCAACGCCGAUCGCCACGCCGGAAACAUACUCGUCCGCAAGCACGACGGCGGCGGAGGCGGAGGCAUGUCGCUGGUUCCCAUCGACCAUGGAUACUGUCUGCCGGAGAGCUUCGAGGACUGCACUUUCGAGUGGCUCUACUGGCCUCAGUGCCGGGAGCCCUUCAGCGACGAGACGGUGGAGUACGUGCGGUCCCUGGACGCGGAGGAGGACGUGACUAUGCUGAGGCUCCACGGGUGGGAGGUGUCGCGCGAGUGCGCGCGCACGCUGCGCGUCGCCACCAUGCUGCUGAAGAAGGGUGUGGAGAGGGGCCUCACCGCCUUCCACAUCGGGAGCAUCAUGUGCAGAGAGACCCUGACCAAGGAGUCCGCCAUCGAAGAGAUCGUCCGUGAGGCGGCGGAACGGGGAGGAGGAUGCGAGACUGUCUUCUUGCAGGCUGUCUCGGAGAUCAUGGACCGCCGUCUCGACGACAUCAAAGAACAUGUUAGCCUCUAGAUAUGCACAUGGCUGACAAAAUAACGAUGUAAUCAACUCAAUGGCUAAUGCAAAGAAUGGUGUACUAUUUCCUCCCAUGACUGAUCCGAGGAAAAAAGUAAAUAAAUCUGGAGACCGGUCAGGCUCGAAGGAUGUGUGACAAGUCUGUCAACAGCCAUCAGCCAGGCAAACAGAACACGACACCCCUCAGCUGAGCUUAGCAAAACCAUGCAAUCACGAGCACACCAGUACAUAAUAUCAGAAAAUGUUGGAUACACAUAAUCCGGAAAGCAAGCUUGGGAGCAACAACACUAGGACUGACUGACGCACUCCGCAAAAGUGACACAAUCUUGAGCGAGAACACGAGCUGUGCUUAGGCCAGGGCAGGGAACUGAGCCUGGUCUUCGAUCGCUGGAGCAGCAGCUGGUCCCCGAUAACCGCCGUUGUAACCACCACGGAACCCCCCACGGCCCCUACCACGGCCACGGCCACUAGGGUUAUAGUACCUUUCGCCUUCAGCUGGCUUCAAGAACUCGUUGA